UAUAGGAGGCUGGAUCCAGCACGGCGGCAGAAGCGGUGGGGUGUUGAUGCGAUAGAGACGUGCUGUCAACAGCUGAGUACUGACAGCCAGCAUGUCCUUCUUGAAGGCGAUAUGGAGGGGCAAUUCCAAACACAAAAAAUUGUGUGAAGAAUGGGCUCUUGCAAGUAACAAGGAAUGUGAACCACAUAUUCCAACAGAUGGUGUCACAUUCAUGGUCAAAUAUUUGGGAAGUACUUUAGUGGAAACUCCCAGUAAUGAAGCAGCUACUGCAGAAGCUAUAAAAACCAUCAUCACUAUGGCCAAAGCUAGUGGGAAAAAACUACAAAGGGUAGCACUGUCAGUGAAUCUCCAUGGCAUAAAAGUAGUCGACCUUGGCACAGAAGAUACACAUCUUGAGGUUUCUAUAUAUAGGAUUUCUUACUGCUCUGCUGAUGCUACACAUGAUCGUGUUUUUGCUUUUAUUGCUACAAACAGCAAUGAGACAAUGGAGUGCCAUGCAUUUCUGUGCCCUAAAAGAAAAAUGGCACAAGCAGUCACAUUAACAGUGGCACAAUCCUUCAAUACAGCCUAUGAACUAUGGCAGAUAUCACAAGAGAAUUCCUGUCUGAGGAAUCAAGAACUUAGGCCAUGUCAUGAAUCCAAGAAAAUAUCAGGUUUCCACAACAAAAUGAAGGACAGCAGCAGUAAUAUACAAAAUAUGAGUGAAAGCAAGACUCUUUUAAUUGAUCUCUCAUCAGAACCAGAGACUUUGACUGAAAAUGGAAACUCCUGGGUUUGCUUUGAUGAUGACAGAACUGAGAACUUAAACUCCAGCUUCACAAGAAUAACAAGCAGUCAACCACAGAGGCAGAACCAAGUUAUCACAUCUUCACAGCAUCACCUGCACAUCCUCACCAGUAGUAACAGUCAAAGCAGUAGUGGGACCAGUGGGUGGGGAGAUAACCACACAAGCAGUCUGCUGUGGUCUUAGUAACCUUGGUCUGAGGUUGACUCAUCCCACCAAAUGAUGACAUAUUCUUGCAUUCCUGUAUAUGGCUACUUCAGGCAAUAUUGAGAACAUGGAACUGUGGCAUUUCUAGAGUGGCAGAUUUCAUAUUUUGGUAUGAAUGCAUUCUCCACAACAUGGUUGUAUUUUCAAAGAUUGAAUUUAUCAGUAUGAAUGUGUGUUUUAAAAAGUGACUGUAUAUGUAAAAAUGAUGGAAAUUGUAAAUGAAAAUUUAGGGAUUUGAAGUAAACUGUUUAUAUCAUUUUGACUUCUGAUACAUAGAAGUAUAUUCCUUGUUGUGCUUAAACCAUUCAGAUAUUUCUAUUAUUAACUAUUAUAAUUAAAUAACUGGCAUACUUGAUACAUCACAGAGCAUUACAUAUCAAAGAGUUUAAUAAUAUAUUAUAGCCAGAUUAAGUAACAAAACAGAGGUUAAAAUGUUAUAUAUGCACUACAGUUACAUCAAUGGAAAAUUAGCUCUGCAAGAUGAUUCUUUAUGAAAACUUUUUCGUCUGGAAAAUCUGUUCUUACAUUUAGAAGAAAGAUAUAUUUAAUUAGGAAAUUAAGAACUUUACUGUCACAAAAGAGUGGGGAGUACAAUACAUAUAGAUAUUCUGUGCUGCAAAUGAAGACUGAUGUCUCUUUCUUUACACCUUCAUUACACUUACAUAAUGUCUGCACAAAAAUAUUACGUAUAUUCCUUUCUUACUGGUAUGCCAGCAAAUGCUUCAUAAUGCAAUAAUGACAUUUUUAUGAAUAUAAAACUAUGAUCACUAUAAAAAUUUAUGGUGCUACAUGGAUCAGUAUGAUCUGUUAUUUUUAUAAUAAUGAAGAUUUACUGUGAAAUUUUGUGAAAAUAUGUUACAGUAUAGUGGAACACACAUAUUCCAUAUUCACAAACAAUACAAGAAUGGAAUACUAUGUGUUUGUUGCUUUUUAAAAAUAUAUUAAAUUGCAAGUAUAGGAAGAAAUCUUGUCCAUAUAACGUGUUGCCACAUGCCUCAGUGUUAUAGAAUUUUCUUAAGAUUCACCAAACAGAGUUGAAAAACUUACAUUGUCCAUCAUUCUUUCAUAGUGAAAAUGUACAUUCAAUGUUAAAAUACUGUUUCAUUUGAAAGAAAGAAAAAUGUGCUUCCAACAGUGGAUAUAUCACAACUUUUGACAUGUAUAGUUACAAUCCCCCCCCCACAAAAAAAAAGUGUGGUGGAGCUGUGAAAAAGAGAAAUAAAUGUAAUUUUCAUUUUCCAGUUACUGACAUUUUCUUUCUUAUUGAGUAUGGAAAAAUUUAUAAAUGUAUUUGUUCCAUACAAGGUAUUCUUGGAGUUCACAUUAAUAAUUCACUGUUGUAUCAAGAGCACACUGAAUUGAGAAAUUAUACUUACCAGUUAAUACUGCCUUAUAAGAAGGCAUAAACUCAAUCCAUAAUAUUUCUCAAUCUAGUCAGUAUUUUCUGAAAUAUAUUUAAUAGGACUGUGAAAGUACAGAGUGUAUAUUUAACGGCUCUGUUCAGUAGAAUAAAUUGUUGAUGAAAUAAUUAAGACUGUUGCCUUAUAAUAAACGUAAAAUUCAUAUGUAUCUAUCCACUGUUGUAUUAAGAUAAUCAAAUUGUCAAGAAAUAAAAAAUAUAUAGGUUUACUAAAUGAUUAAACAGUUAAUAUCAAGGCUUCUGUGUUAUUAAUUAUAUGCACUAAACAAAACUUAAAUAACUAUAAAUCAUUAAAUUUAUGCUUCAAAGUUCUAUUGUAAUAGAGUACUAUUUUAAAAUAAUAAGCCACAUCUGAUUUUAAUGCAAUCUGAAGUCACUGAUGACUACAUUUUCUCUUUGCAUACUAUGAUAUAUUCUGGAGGUCACAGAUGAUAAUUUAUCAGACAACUUCCAAAGAAAAUGUGGGGGAUGAUGAAAUGUAUUUAUUUUCUUUCUCUGCAACUUUUGAUUGAAAGAUUUCCUCUUCAGUAAAUAUUUAAUGAGAUAUACAAAGAAAUGCAUGUAAGUGUUUGUAUAAAGUCAUCUGAUCAAAAGUAAAUUUAAUAUGUUUUCAUAAUUUUUCCUGCAAUUCUGAAAUAUAAAUUCCAUGAAAAUUUGUCCAAUGGUAAUAAAGUUGUUUCAUGUGAACAGACAGAUGAACCAAGUGGACCUGCACUCGCACUCAGCUGGGUUAUGGGCAUAUCUAAAAAUGUAUCUAAGCCUUCAUAUAACUUUGUUUGUGCUGUUAAAUUUGAAUCAAAAUUAAAUUUGAACAUUACAUUUAGUAAAAAGGUAAAACUAUCCCUGUAACAGGCUGUGAAGGCCCAUGAGGUUAUGAGAUGUAGCUCACAGAUGAUGGCAAGGCUGUCAGCCUUAAGCACUGGCUGCUUUUUACCCCCCAGGAAGAUUCCUGGUACUCAUUUAUCGUAGAGACUGAGUUGACCCAAAAGCCAUAGUGCAGCUGGAAGUAUUAGGUCAAUUGGGAAAGAAAUCCACCUCCUCGGGAUUUGAACCGGAGACCUUCUGGCUUGUAGCAUGGUGCCUCAAUGCACUAUGCUAACUUGUGCCCCUAUUACAUUAGUAAGGCCUCUAAUACCAAACAAUAUAAAAAUUUAUUAUCCACCAUAGUAUUAUAUGGAGAGACAUGAUAAAACUAAUAGACACUGAAUAAUUCAUGUGAAAUGCAUCUAAAAGACAGUGGCAAUGUUAUAAUAAUUCCUUAGACAUAAUUUUGAAAGUGGAAAAAGGUGAGAAGUGGCUAGUUCAAGCCGUAUGUCCAAAAAAAAUUAUCUAGGAAAUAGCAUUUGAAUUUUAGCUGAACACCCAAGUGGGAAAUUCUGCUCAGGGAUUGAGAUUCUGAUGCAGCUUUAUUCUUUCAAGUACAGAUUAUGAAUUUUUAAAAGACAUUUGUUCAGUUAUUUAUUUUAUGUAUAAAACAUAUUUCUGAAAAGUUCUGUUUUCUGAGAUAUAAUGCUGUAUAGUCCACUGAAAGUGAACUGGCGUUUUGGAGGCAACAUGGUCCUCUGAAAUGUCGGUUGACUUACAGUGGUUUACACAGUGUUAUAUCCCAGAAGAUGUAAAUCUUUAUAACCAUUGCUGUCAGAACCUCAAAUCCUACAAAGGCAUUUCUGUUUUAGAAAUAUCAUGUUUACAUGCAUUUAUUUUCACUCAGUGAAGAAACAAUGUUGGCAAAUAUUUAUGUUUAAAAUGUCUUCAACACAAGUUAGUUAAAGAUCCGUGUUCUACAUCUGGAAGUAGGACUGAGCCUCAUUAAGCAGAAUUGAACAUUUUGUUAUUGAAGAUAAAAACUGAAAUAGCUAGAAUUGUUAUUCUUUAUAACAACUUUGAAAUGGAAUGUUACAGAUGCAGACAACCAAAAUAUAUUUAACUAUUUCUAUGCUGUAUAUUUCAUUACAACGGCAUUGUAGAUUCUGCUGAUUUAUGGUAGGACAGGUUUCUAUCAACUGGUAACAGCACAUACUACAGGUAGUUGUGAUCGCUGUGAUAGAACAGUUAAGUCCAAGGAAGUUUGUUCCCUUUGUGGCACUAAAAUGAUUGAUUUAAAAACAAAAAUCAUCAUAUUUUAAAAGUUUUUUAUUCAGGAGGACCUUAUUCUGCUUCAAAAUGUUACAUUGAAAUAAUAUAAAUACAAAAUUUGUUCUUCCAAACAUGACACACAUUCUUCUUGACUGCAACUGUUAGCUAGACUGUGUACCUUUUGCUGUUUGAAAAUUUCUGUCUUUAGUUUCAUGAAAUACUCUUUACUAAUGUAGAUAUAAAAUAAUUACCUAACUAAAUUUCAUGAGUAUAUUUUGGAGUAAAUGUGUAUGAAUGUUAACAAAUUAUCUGCUAUUACGAGUGCUGCUGGUUUUCUCUAAGAUUGUCAUAUUUUGUUUUUAUAAAUGUCUUACAACAUGUCAAUGUAUCUGUUACAUAAUUAUUAAUUCUUCACUAACUCAGAAUUAAUAGGGUUUGGACUUUGUCUAUCAUCUGGUAUUGUAAGAACUAGAAAUCACAGUGUUUUGGAAACUGAAUUUGUUUCCUUCCUCUGGUGAGGGGGGAGACACCUACUGUUGGGUCCCUUAGAAAAAGCUGACCUCAAAAACUGGACAACCCAUGUCAGAUUCACUACAGCUAUUUAAAAACCUGAGACCAUUCUAUGUCGAAUGGAGAUAACAGGAAAAUAUGCAGUAAACAUUGUGAUAAAACAUGCACAUUCAUGGAACUAGGACAGAAGGGGAGGUAGAAAUUUAUGCUACAAACCUAGCCAACAAAGUCCUAAAUACAAGUGCAUGGAAUUAAAUGGAGAAUUUUUUAAAACAUAUAGUGCCUACUUCUACCACCAUGCGUGGAGUAAGACUUGAGAAUUCGAGACUAAAACCUUACAGAAAUGUAGAAUCUGUCAUGUCAUACAAAUCUACAAACUACGUUGUAUUUUCAAGUUUUUGGGACAUCAGAGGACGGACAAAGCCCAAAACCCAGUACUUCUGAGCAUUAUACACCAUCGUCCGGACCCCUUUACAAUCUUCUUCACUAAACGUUAAAUACUCUUUGCAAAAGCAAUAUGUUAAUUUGUGAACUUAAUCAAUGCAAUUUGUCUUGAUAAUUUAUGAUAAAUGUUAUACUGUUAAAUGGUC